AUGAAGCACAUACUUCUUCCAGUUGCGCUUCUCGCUGCCCGCGCCACCGUCCCCGCGCCUGAACCCGGUGACAGCGCGCAGGGUUGCGCCAAAGGCCUUUACCUCAUUUCCGCCAGAGGAACCGGCGAGGCGGCCGGGAUUGGUGCUGCUGGCACCAUUAUCGGCCGCCAGAUCAAGGAGCAGAUCAAGGACAGCAAGGUUGUCGCCCUGGAUUAUCCGGCCUCCUUCUCCGAUCCGGCCUACGCUCUCUCUGUGGCCAACGGCACCAGGAGCCUCGCCGAUCUCAUCACAGAACAUGUCAAGUCUUGCCCAGACGACAAGAUUGCGCUCAUGGGUUAUUCCCAAGGAGCCCAGUUAACGCUGGAUACCCUGUGUGGCUCGGACGAAAAGGGAUUUGCAAAGACUGAGCCGAUCUCUCCGGCGGAUAUCGACAACCAUGUUGUUGCCGUUGUGCUUUUUGGCGACCCCACCCACAUUGCCAAUAUCACCUACGACAGAGGAACGAGCACGAGAAACGGUAUCUUCCCCCGCAGCAAUUCCGACAGCUGCCUCCGAUACUCCAAAAUAAUAGCCUCGUGGUGUGACACGGGCGACGUUUAUUGCGACAGCGGAAACGACACUGCCACGCAUGGUCAGUACCUGCCUCGAUACGGCACCGAGAUUGCCAAGUUCCUCGUCGAGAAGUACCAGGAUUCCAAUACCGGGGCAAGUCUCAAUGCCAGCGCGUCGCAGCCUGCCACAGCUGCGGCGACCAGCUCGAGCAGCAGCCCUUCCGGCACAGCUGUUGGAACAAGCAGCCCUGCUGCCACAACGACGCGCGCAGUCAGUGUCGCCAACGUCCUGAACAUUGCGAGCAGCGGCCUCUUUGUUGCGUUGCCCGCUGCUCUUGCUGCCGUGUUUCAUAUGAUGUAA